AAAUCUUGAACGUUGCUAUGGCUGGAGGUAAUUGCAGGUAGACACAUCUAAGAAUUUUGGAUUAGAGAGGCAGUGGAAACUGUGUCAUGUUGAUGGCUGGAAUUUGGGCUCAGCUGUCUGUAUUUAGUUGAUGGUUUUCUUCAAAGAUAAAAUGUGGAUGCAAUCAGUUCAACAAAGACAGUCAUUCAGUGUUCCGAUUCAGAUCACUCUGCAGAGCAGCAGAAGACGCUACAUGAGGUGAGAGAUGCAUGUGGCAUUAACUAUAGCAGAGACAUUGCUAAAAAGUACUAGCUGGAUUUAUUACUUGAGAAAGUAGCUAUUGUUCUGUCUGUGUAGACAUAUUCUUCUCCUCCUCUCCACCCGAUACAAUGUUCUUCCUCCUCAAUUGUUAGCUCAUCUGAGCAGGGCCUUCUUCACCUCUUGUCUUUAAACUUUGUGUUAGUCAGUUACAUAUAGUUAAAUAUUCCCAUUGCAUAAUUGUAAGGUGCCGUGGAAAAUGUUGGCGCUAUAUAAAUGCUUUUGAUGAUAAUAAUAAUUCCUGUAUACACAUUUUUUUUUUUUAAUGAUUUGGCAAUACAAAGCGUUUAUUACACCAUGCUCUAUAAUGCUUACAGUAUGUUACAGAAUUAAUUAAAGCAGAUUGGUCACAUUAUAGUUUUUUGCACAAUCUGAUAGCAAACGUACAGUACAGUAAAAGGUUCUGUGAAAUAUAUCUAUAUGUGACUGUGUUUUCUAUUUGUGGAGGUGAAUAUUUAACCCCUUAAGGACCAAACUUCUGGAAUAAAAGGGAAUCAUGACAUGUCACACAUGUCAUGUGUCCUUAAGGGGUUAAAGGGGCACUCGAGACCCAUAAAGCAGUUUAGCUUUCUGAAGUUUUUUAUGUGUGAUCUGUGUUCUUAUUUUUUUUCAUUUUACAAAAAGGGCAGAUUUCAAUAGAAAUUGGCAGCUUUACAAAUUAACCUUGUUACACCUCCUGGCUGUCAAUCAGACAACAGGUCUUCCUGGUUGUUUCUCAGUGGAGCUAAACUCAAGGGGAAGGUGAUUGCUCAGAGCACCUGUCUUGCAGAGAGUUCUCACUGACCUGUAACGGGAAGUGUGUGAUUGGACAGCCAAAGGAAGUCUGGGUGGGGUUAGACAGUGGGGGACUUGCAACAGCUGCAGACAAAAGAUCUGCAGCUUUUGCAAGCUGUUUUUAGAUAUAAAGGGGAUAUAUUUAAACAGUGAUUUAUAAAUGUGUAAUGUGAGAUUUCUGUGGGAAACGCAAGUCUUAUGGUUUGACUGGUGUGCAGAUCUGUUUAACAAUAUAUUGACUAUAUAUUUAUUUGGGCAGUGGAAUGUGGCUUUUAACAGUGUGUGUGUGUUUAUUUUCUUUAAUGUUUGCAUAGAAAAGGUUAUUAUUGUUCCCACACUCAAUUUAAGAAAUGCUCAAUAUAAUUUUAUUAAACAUAGAAAAAUAGAAAGGAAAAAAAAGAUGGCAAAUACAGUAACAAUAUUACUGACUGUCAAGUUCAGCCACUCUUGCUCCCCAUGAGUCCAACUCAUUUGCCCAUUAAUACAGUAAUCACACCUUUGGCACUGUGCAAACAGAAUGCACUGACACAUCCAGAGGUGUUAUAACAUAACAAAGCAAGUGAUUCAUAACAAUCACAGGAUGAUUGAUGCUUGAAACCACAAGUUUCUAGUAGUGUUAAAGGACCACUCUAGGCACCCAGACCACUUCAGCUUAAUGAAGUGGUCUGGGUGCCAGGUCCAGCUAGGGUUAACCCAUUUUUUCAUAAACAUAGCAGUUUAAGAGAAACUGCUAUGUUUAUGAAUGGGCUAAGCCUUCCCCUAUUUCCUCUAGUGGCUGUCUCAUUGACAGCCACUAGAGGCGCUUGCGUGCUUCUCACUGUGAUUUUCACAGUGAGAGCACGCCAGCGUCCAUAGGAAAGCAUUAUGAAUGCUUUCCUAUGUGAACGGCUGAAUGCAUGCGCAGCUUUUGCCGCGCGUGUGCAUUCAGCCGACGGGGAGGAGAAGAGGAGGAUCGGAGGAGGAGAGCUCUCCGCCCAGCGCUGGAAAAAGGUAAGUUUUAACCCCUUUCUUCCUUCCAGAGCCGGGCGGGAGGGGGUCCCUGAGGGUGGAGGCACCCUCAGGGCACUAUAGUGCCAGGAAAACGAGUAUGUUUUCCUGGCACUAUAGUGGUCCUUUAAGCAAAAGACAGUGCAUCGAAUACCUUAAAUUAAAUGAAAUAAUUGAAGCAUGUUUGUUGUGGGGUGCCUUUGCAAUUCAUACUAAUAAUGUAUAAGCAUGGACCAAAAAGUAUCAGAAAGCACUCAUCACAUUAAUUAUUGUGUUUUAAUAUACUUGUAUGUUCUGCACUUGAAUCAACCUGACAAGCUACUUAGCAAGUAUGUUUGGCUCUCUAAUAUGUAACUAGUGAUGUUGAUUUAACUUUCUCAUAUAUAUUAUAGUAUUUGCCAAUUGUUUGUUUUAGUGUUAUGUAUUGUGUAUUCAUAUAAAUAAUCUGAAAUAGUAUGUUACAGAUUCCCCUAAACUUGCCUGAGCUAAACUGGAGCUGGGAUGAGCAGUCUUCGUUCUCUGGUUCUCAUUUUACUUUAUUUCAAGUAUUCUCUAUCAACUAUUGGCAACUAUUGUUUUUUAUAUAAAAGGAUUAGGAACAAAUGUAGUCAUUUGUUCACCUAUGACUUUUGAUUGGCAGAGAAUUAUGUGAUGGGUAGAGCUACAAAAACAUGAGAAUCAAGGCUGAGCACUAGAGAUGUUGCGAACUGUCCGCUGGCGAACAAUAGCGUGUUCGCGUUGGGCGAACAUAUCUGAUUUACGGUCCGCCCCCUAUACGUCAUCAUUGAGUAAACUUUGACCCGGAACCUCACAGUCAGCAGACACUUCCUGGGAGGGAGGGUCUGCUGCUGAUUGGGUGGAAUGUGUCUGCUGGCUGUGAGGUUCCCGGUCAAAGUUUACUCAAUGAUGACGUAUAGGGGACGGACCGGAAAUCGGAUAUGUUCGCCCAACGCGAACACGCUAUUGUUCGCCGGCGGACAGUUCGCGAACAGUUCGGCGGACAGUUCGCGACAUUUCUAAUGAGCACCCUUUGGACAAAAUGUGUGCAGCCGAUGGGAACUCAAUUCUUCAUUUGCCUUUUGAUAAUACAAAAUGAAUGGCACUUAUUUUAUCAACCUCAGAGGGAUGGAAGAUUAAAUCAGUCUUGCUGAUGUGAUGUCUCAGUGAGUUAUCCCAAAGAGAUUAGUUACCAGAUCUCACAGGAUAUAGUUAUACUGGCCUCAAAGGAAUGCACUAAAUGUCUACUUAUUAAGACACUAAGAGUUAAAGUUAAAAUUAAGUUGACUUACCUUGCAGUACCUUGCCAACUUGAUCUCUUUAAACACAAUGUGCUCAUUUCUUAGAAAUCAGGAACCAGCUCAAACCUUGGAGUCUAUGAUACUGCAAUCACAGCUCUAACCACUGACCUAUCUCACUAGUCUAUAGUCUAGAAAAGGAAAUAGCCAUUAAAGAGAGACUAUAGUCACCAAAACAACUUUAGCUUAAUGAAGCAGUUUUGGUACGUAGGCAUUACCCCUGCAGUCUCACUGAUUAAUUCUCUACUAUUUAGGAGUCCAAUCACAUUGUUUAUGCAGCCCUAGUCACACAUUCCUGCAUGUGACUUGCACAAUCUUUUUUAAACACUUCAUCUAAUGUUUACACUUCCUUUAUUGCAAAUUCUGUUUAAUUUAGAAUUUCUAAUCUCCUGCUCUGUUAAAAACUGUCAAGGACCUGCAGGAGUCUGUGGUGUGUGAUUAAAGUUUAAUUUACAAAGAAAUUCAAUUCCCAUGCAGGUUGUGUAAGUCACAGCCAGGGAAAGUGUGGCAAGGGCUGCAUAAACAGAAACCACUCCAAAAUGGCAGAGAAGUGAGCAGUGAGACUACAGGGGCAUGAUCUGUACACCAAACUACUUCAUUAAGCUAAAGUUGUUUUGGUGACUAUAGUGUCCCUUUAAUGGUUAAAGGACCACUAUAGGCACCCAGACCACUUCAGCUUAAUGAGGUGGUCUGGGUGCCAGGUCUAGCUAGGUUUAACCCUUUUUUCUAUAAACAUAGCAGUUUCAGAGAAACUGCUAUGUUUAUAAUGGGGUUAAUCCAGCCUCUAGUGGCUGUCUCAUUGACAGCCGCUAGAGGGCUUCCGCGCUUCUCACUGUGAUUUUUCACAGUGAGAAGACGCCAGCGUCCAUAGGAAAGCAUUGUGAAUGCUUUCCUAUGGACUGGCUGAAUGCACGCGCAGCUCCUGCCACGCAUGCACAUUCAGCCGAAGAGGAGGAGGAGGAGGAGGAGGAGAGCUCCCUGCCCGGCGCUGGAGAAAGAGGUAAGUUUAACCUCUUCCUCUCCAUCUAGCUCGGCGGGAGGGGGACCCUGAGGGUGGGGGCACCCUCAGGGCACGAUAGUGCCAGGAAAAUGAGUUUGUUUUCCUGGCACUAUAGUGGUCCUUUAAAGCAGUUUAGCAAAUGUUUUCCAGCAGUCAUGGAUCCUAUUAAAAAAUAAAGUUCACAUAUUCCUCAUUGACAACAUAUUAACUAGGAUACAGUCAUAACAUCUUGCACUCAAAAAUCACUGGUCACUCUGUUAUUUUAAGGGAAGCCUUCUCCGCCGUGCCUGGCAAGGUUAAAAGGAAAGAAAGCAGCAGCAGCGAUGGGGUUAAAACAUCUGAUAAAAUGAAGAAACAAGUUUCAAAUGCUGGAGAAGACAGAGCAAUGCUGCUGGGUUUCACCAUGAUGGGGCUUUCGGUAUUAAUGUUCUUUCUGCUGGGAAUCACUAUUCUAAAGCCCUUUAUGCACAGGUGAGUCACUGAGGAAAAUGAUUUGGAUCACACAACUUACAGGAGAAUUAAAGUAAAACUAUGGUGUUUUGUCACUAAAAACCAGUUUGUAAAAUUCAGGCUAAAAUAGCUGAGCUGUCAUAAUUGGGUUGGUGUUUUUUCCCAACUCAUAUUUUUGCAUACAUUUUGCAGUUCUCAGUUUUCACAAUAUGUGCUUAGUGAAUAAACGCCAAUGUGAUAUUUACGAACACCAUGCAUAACAGUAAUGGGGAAUAAAGAGUGGCACAUGGGAAGUUAAUAGUGGUGAUCUAUAUUUGAAGUUUGUCAUGCAUUACUAGAGGGCUCAAAAUUUCACAUCACAAGCUACUAGCCAGACCUAAAACUUACUUGCCACCUGAAAACAUGAACAGCACUGCAAAGUUAGUGUAGAAUAUAACCCAGUACUUCACUCAUCAUAAGUUAAUAAUCGUUAAAGAUAGGCAUCUUUAAACCUACAUUAUCCCUCCAGCUUUUUCUACUCCGUUUCUAUCUCAUCCUAUUGUUUGGUUACGUUUACGCUGCUUUUCAGAAGAGAGAACUGGCUGCAAGGGAUAUGAGCUCAUCCUAUUACUUUUUAAGUUUUAGUUCCCAUGAGGCCAUCCCCUCCCCCCACUUCAUGCAGAGGUAUCGCCCACACGGCCCCAUGUUAGAUUAUUUGCCUCAUAUCCCCUUCUACAGAGGUUGUUUAGGAUGUCACAUGCCACGGCCAAAUGUUUUUUUUUCUUCAUACUGUCACCGAGAGGCCAACAUCCCGCCACAUAGUUCGGUGGCCACAUUUCCCCAUAGGCCAAAUCAUAGUUAGAGCCUCUCUUCACCACUUGGCAAUAAGCAGGGAUUCACCUACCACGGGUAGUUAAGUUAUUUGCCACCGGCAUUAGCUAGCAAGCCAGUUCUAUAUACGGUAUUUCACCAUUGGCUCAAAGUAUUGUAUUUGCGAAUUUCUUCAUAGGAUGUCAUAAGAAUCACUCUAUGUAGAAUAAGAAGACAACUUGUACUCUCCAGGGCUCUCCCUCCAGGCCCAGUACACCCAUUAGACCUAUCUCACUAGCUGAAUCUCUCAUAACUACUAGCCCCAGGGCUCAGAUCUUGGACCAUUCCUAAAUUGUCAACAGAACUACACCGUAGGAACAUUCCUUUCCCGGGCACAGCUAGAAAAGCAUAACUCUUUAAGUUAUUAACGGUCCAGUCCAACAAUCCCAGGCCUGGCACAAGUUCUCAGGAGCCCAAUGUCAGCUGUUCUGGACAGUUUCAAGACACCUUGUCAUCCAGCUUGUCCACUCUACAGUCACUUAACGAGAGAAUGACAAAGAUAGAAAGCAUGAUCUCUACGGUUACCAAUGCACCUCACACUCCAGACCCAGCACCUGCACUUUCAAACACGCAAGUUAUGGACAUUACUAUCACUCCAUCCACUUCACACUGCACCACCCCUGUAAAUGCUGUUCCAGCUUGAUGGCAAGAAUGUCUGUCUAGUCUCUCUACUUAUAGCUUCACAGGAUAUUUUAGAGAAUAGAGCUUUUAGUUUCGUAGACAUAUCAGUGAUCCUCAAAACAAGGGACCCACGUCUUGGUAAAAAGCUCUCCAUCCCUGAAUUCGUUCUCUGCUUAGGAUUAAACAGAUGUCAUCUGCUCUGUAUACCCUCAGAGGCGAGAGGAAUUUGACCUCUAUUUACACAAGGUGGUGGUGGUCCUGGGGCACAAGUACGGGAGUUUUGCCUUUCUAUGAUUAGCGCAGGUCGGUUUCAUCUAAGGCAGCAGCAGCUCUGGCCCAGUCCAACACCCACAUCGAUUGAAGUCAGUUAGACACAGAGCUGUUGUGCAGGCAUUUUGCCAGCUUGAGACCUCACAUUCCUCCAACUUGUGCCCCUGCAAAGCAGGAUAGGGGACAGAGAGAUAAGCUGUGCAGAUAUGCAACAAUUUCUACAUAACUGGUAAUUAUGCUGGUUUUAUUUAAUUAAUUUAAAUUAAUUAAAAAUGUACUAAUAGCAUGAUAUAUGGCUGGAUAAAUCACAGUCAGAUUUCAAUAAUUGAGAAAUCUUAGUUAACUAAAGAAUAUGUAGUUAUAACACUCCAUUCUGCAGGUGGAGUCAGAUAAUUACAUAGUACUGGUAUCUUACCACGUGUUAGCAUACCACUGUUUUAUCCAUGUGUAUUGAUUUGCUCUGAAAUAAGAUCGUAUAUCUUAGGUAGAGUUAAAUUCGGCUUUUGUAAAAAUCUGGUAGAUUAUUCUUAUUGGAUGGUUCCAGGAAAUGAUUAAUGAGCUGGUUUAAAUGUUAUUUUAAUUGAAAAUUACAUGAGAAUAGGAUAUUAUAUACCUAGGAGGAUCUAGCCAGCAUUGAAAGGGUUACUCAGUUGAUCUAACUGUUAGCCAAGGUUUUAUGGCUUUUCGCUGGAAGUUUAGCUUUCUGUGUCUGUGAAGUACCCUCAUAAAUCUUGUAAGUUUUGACAGUUGAUGCUGUUAGCCAUUGGAUUGUUUUAAUAUUGCCAUUGUAUUACAUAAUUAUGUUAUUCUAAAUAUUCACUGAUUAUUAUCAUGCAUGCUACCUAAUAUUAUUAUUAUUAUUUUAUUUGUCACAAUAAAUUAUAUCUAUUUUUAUAACAAAUUGUGAUUUUAUUUGUAUGAAAUACAUUUCACUUACAUGAUAACUAUCUCUAAGAUCUAAGAGAAUUGAAAUAGUGGGCAAUUCUCAACUAUAUAAUAUCAUCCCAUAAAUAUCCCCACAACCUGAUUCUUCAAAAAACCCUAGCUUAAAUUCACUAAUACUGGCUGAAGAAUUCUGUCUCCAUUAUGCCUCCAUGGAUCAUGCCAUGCAAGCUAUUCUACUGGCCGGUGAACAAGCAUGGCUCAGUAAGACGGAUAUAACUAACGCCUUCAAAUUACUACCUAUCCAUCCGUCUCUCUGGCAUAUCCACGGCAUCAAAUGGAGAUAUAAUUAUUACUUCGCCACCAGACUCACUUUCGGCUCCAGAAGCAGCCCGAAGCUGUUCGACAUAUUUGCAGAAACUCUUUGCUGGUGCUCCUGACUACGGUCAGAUGCACUAUGGUCAUACACUAUUUGGACGAUUUUCUACUGGUCAAGACAGGUUCCCUCACUCCACGUAGUAUCAUUAGCAUGGCACUGUUUUCGGCACCAAGUGCCCCAUUGUCCCCUGACAAAACAAUAGGCCACACAACACAGUUGGUUUUCCUGGGUAUCUCACUAAAAUCAAUGUCUAUGCAGGCACGCCUCCCCGAUGUGAAAUUGGUACAUAUCAGACAAGAACUGGACCAGUUCCUCCAAAAAAGUACUGGUACACGGAGGGAUCUCCAGUCUCUACUGGGAUACCUAAAUUUUGCGGUGCAUAUCAUUCCACAGGGGAGACCCUUCAUCUCCAGGUUACUCUGCCUCCUACCCAGCGUACCUGAUGGCACCAUAGUCCUCAAUCCCCCCAGCUGUUGCUGAUUUACUCAUGUGGAAGUACUUCCUAGCAGAGUGGAACAGCAUCUCCAUGUUCAUUCCCCCACUGACUGAGCACUUCCCUGUUAUUUGGACUGACACAGCAGCCCACUCAGGGUUUGCUGCAAUUUUUUGUUACCACUGGUUCAGGGAUGUUUGGCCUCAAGAAACACUUGCCUUACCGACCUUCACGGAAACUUCAGCCCUUUUCGAGAUCUAUCCCAUUGUAGCAGCAGCUCAUACUUUGGGUCAUCUGUGGGCCAGGAAGGCAGUCAAGUGUUUUUCAAUUUGGCGGCUUGCGAGAUCGUUAAUAAAGGGCGUACUUCCUCCAUAACCAUUAUGGGGUUAAUACGGAGAUUGACUACCAUUUUUUUUUUUUUCCUAGUGUGCGAACACAUUCCGGGCAUUCAUAAUAUGGCAGCUGAUGCUUUGUCCCGGUCUAACUUUCAGGCAUUCUACAAGGUGCAUCCCUUCGCCAACGAACUUCCGUCCAGAAUCCCGACAUUUCUAGAGUUAAUAAUGGAUUAACAAGAUUAUUGACCCAAGCACGGUCACUCUCACAAACCGCUCUUUCUGCCAAUACCAAAACUGCCUAAAGCAGGGCUUUGACUGUGUUCCACAAAUUGUGUGGGGAGUUUCACGUGUUAGAUAAUUAUUCGAGACCAUGGUGGCUUUUGCAUACAGCACCACAUCCUCAUGACCUUUCCCAAUCAUCCACCUUUUUCUUUCCACUUACCCCAUCAAAUCUAUUCUUAAAGACAUCAACAAAAUAGAUCGAACUCCUACUACCAAUAGAUUACCCAUAGACAGAACCAUAUUCAGGAACAUGUCAGACCUAUUGGACACAAAUCCCUUUAAUACCCAGACUAACUUUGUCAUCAAUGUAGCCAUUUACAUGGCCUUCUACGGCUUCCUCAGACACCGAGAGUUCACUGUUGUCCAUCAGUGCCUGUUUAAAAUAUCAGACAUAACCAAACACGGUGACCAUUAUGUUAUGUACACCCAUCUAAAACAAAUCACACAAACUACCUGACUACAAUCCCUGUUUCCUACAGAGAACCUAUGGUGUCCCAUAAAAAUACAGGUCACACUAGAUUCAGAAAUGCAUUACCAGACUGAUGCAUUGAGAAAUAACAGCAAGAACCUUCGGAUUGUUAAGGAUGGAUACGGAUUGUGAUGAUUCAAUAUACAGCUGCCGGUGAGGAUGGCUUGUGUCUGUGAGCACGUCCCGAGCAGGAGCCUCACUUCAGGGGACGUGCAGGACAGAUGCCUCCGGUGGCGGUACUUUCCAAACAGGUCCUGCGUGUGGAGAUUAGUGGUGCUGCUGGUACAUGCGUCUGAUCCCGUGUGUUGCUAUAUAGCACUGCUUUGCAUGUUUGCACACUCUUAAAGGACAUUUAAAGGUAUAGCAGCAUUCUCUUUGUAUUUUUGCAUAUUUAAAGGGAUAUCCCGUUUAUUUGAGAUCUCCACUCAUAGCGCCUUUAUUCACAUUUUUGCACACUUAUAGGGAUACUUUGUCCAUUCUAGAUUUAAAGGCAUAGUACCAUAUAUAUAUUUUUAUAUUUUUAUUCUCUAUGUAGUAGUAUUUUAGCCAUUAGUCACCUAGCCAGCUCCUGGUAUUCCCACUCUUCUAGAGAGUUCUUUUCCCUUGUUUGUGUUCCUGACCCUGUAGUGUUCAUUUAAAAUAAGAUUUGCCUCACUUAAUUUGUCAGGAUUUACUGAAAGUGCUGUCUUUUUAUGAUUUUCUUGCACUUUCACCCACAGCCCUGCCACUAGUUUCAAGAAACACUGAGGCACCCUUAGCAAAAGAGCAACAUUUUAAAUACAUAGUUUUAACCAAAACAUGCGAUUUAAAAGCACUAAUGACCACAGACCAAUCAUGGUUUGCACAGUUUUAAACAUUUGUGCCUCUUCAGCAAAGUGCUGGUUCUGGUCUGGCAAUUCUCAGAGAACUGUGGAAACGUAAUUUCUCAGAAUUACUAUAUAUGUGUGUAUAUAUGACGCACAACAAUACAUUUUGAAUUUUCUGUGGAAUAUACAUUGAUCUGCCACAAUAUUAUAACCACCUGCCUAAUAUCUUGUAGGUCCCCCUCAUUUUGCCAAAACAGCUCUGAUGCAUUUAAGCAUGGACUCCUCAAACCCUAUAAACGUUUCCCAUGGUAUACAAGACAUUAGAAGCAGAUAAGGUUGAGAGGUGGGGCUUCCAUGAAUCAGAUUUGUUGUUGAGGUGGAGGGAUAUCCCAAUUAAAUGUGAGGAACAAGUGUUCUCCUUAGUCUCUACCCUUAGGCGGCAGGUGGUGGCUUCAAAUAUUAUAUCCAAAUCCAAAGCAAAAGAAAAACAGGUGAUUCAGGAAUUAUUGCUUCAAUAUAAAACCAAAUAUAUUUUUUUAGUUCCAUCAUGCAGAAAGACCAGGCCAGGAUACAGCCACCCUCACUUGCUAAAUUUUGUGUUGCACAGAACACUUAAUCAUGACUUAAGUGUUAUAUCCACAUCAGCCACCCACCACUCCCUGCUCAUUGUAUGUUAGCUAUGUUCACACCCACAGCAUGGCAGAUGGGGGCAUUAGGGAGGUUCAUAACCUCCAUUAUAGUAAUACGGGGGUCGUAUCGACCCCCAUUCGCUCAUGCUGGCCGGCAGCCACAUGAUAAACCCUCACAGUAAAUAGUACUUAAAGUUAUUGUUUGCAUGCAAAAAAGCAAGUGAACGAUAAUGUGAGAACCUGAAUCUUGCUGGCUGCAUUCUCCCACAUUUAAAAAAUAAUAAUUUUUGUGUGUGUUUGCGCGCCUGCUAGUAAGUGACCUCGCUUGCGCGUGUGUGUGCAUGUGCCUGCUAGUGAGUGAGCUUGUGUUUUUAUGCCAAUGAGCUUAUGUAUAUCAGUGACAUUGCUUGUCUAUGAGGCUGUGUAUCAAUAUGCCUUAUAUAUUACAUCCGGCAAUAUAUGGUUCAAUGACUUAUGGAGCUGGCAUAGUUUUUCUUUCUUUUUUUCCCAGGGCUGCUUUGUAUCCCCAGUCCGGCCCUGGCCGGUGCAAGGAUUUUUGCUGCCCUAGGCCCAAGAAAAAUAUGUUGCCUCCACCCCAAUGCCCCACACAUAUGAUCUGCCAUAUGAGCCAACGCCAGUGCUAAACACAGUGUCUUUUCUCUGAGGAUGAGGAUGAUGAUGGGCUCAGGCUGCAGUCUGGUGUUAAAACAGGCUCCCUGGAGGCAGUGCUCGCAAAAACAAUGAAUAGAAAGCAGCUUCAUUUUUUAGGGUCCCUUACACAGAUGUGUGUGUUCUUAUGGAAUGUAAUGUAUAGGGAAACCAGUUUGUCUAAGGGAUAUAGGGGAUGCAGUGUGUGUUUGUGUGUAAAGAAUGCAUUGUGUGUGUCUAAGGGAUGCAUUGUGUGAAUCUGUGUUUGUAUGUGUAAGGGAUGCAAGCUCUUCUGUGCUUCUCUUUCACCCCUUCCUCAGUCUGUGUGUCUUACACUCCCCCCGUCUCUUAAUGGUCUCAACUCAAGAACUGUCCCCUUCCCUCCUGUCCCUUAGUGCUCUCCCCUCCCCAUCUGUCUCUUAGUGAUCUCCCCUGUCCCUUAGUGCUCUCCACUGCCCUCCUGUCCCUUAGUGAUCUCUCCUCCCCCAGCCCUUAGUGGUCUCUCCUCCCCCCCCAGUGUCCCUUAGUGGUCUCUCCUACUCUCCCCCCUCCCAAUCUUUCCCUUAGUGGUCUCCUUCCCUCAUCUUUCCCUUAUUGGCUUCCCCACACCCUCCCAAGUGUUCCUUAGUGGUCUCCUCCCCCUCCAGUGUUCCUUAGUGGUCUCUCCUCCCUCCCCCCAGUGCCCCUUAGUGGCCUCUCCUCCUCUCCUUCCCCCCCAUGUCCCUUAGUGGUCUCUCCUCCUCCUCCCCAGUGUCCUUGGUGGUCUCUUCUCCUCUCCUCACCCCAGGUGUCCCUUGGUGGUCUCUCCUCAGCUCCCUCCUCCCCUCAGUGUCCCUUAGUGGUCUGCCUCCCUCCUCCCAGUGUCCUUUAGUGUGUCUCUCUUCCUCUCCCUCCCCUCCAGUGGCCCUAGUGGUCUCUCCUCCCCCAGUGUCUGUUGGUGGUUUCUCUCCCUCCCCCCCCCAGUGUCCCUUAGUGCUGUCUUCCCCCCCAGUGUCCCUUAGUGCUGUUUCCACAAGUCCUCCCAGUGUCCUAGUGCUGUCUCUCACCUCUUUCCUGUUGUGCCUCCUGCCUCUGUGUACCGUGGCCGGGCAACACAGAAGCUUCUGUUUCCUGUACCCAGCUGGACUGACAGGAAGUGCCCUGAGUCUCAGUGUGUGGACAUUAGGGAUCGUUUGGGGAUAACUUUUUUUCUAUUGGAGUAUUAUAAAGUCCAGCACCAAGAAUGUGUGUGAUAAAUUGUAUCCACAUGAUAUAAUAAUAAUAAUAAUAAUAUUAACCAGGAAAAGCACAUUCAGAUUACUCUGGUUUCCAAGUACGUCCUGGAUGCAUCCGAUAACUGGCAAAGAUAUUCCAUGAGAUCGUAGCUGCAGCAAUCUGUUCAUUUGAUUGUUUAGUUGCUAAUACUGAUGGAUGUAACCACUGCCCUACCCUCCACAUAUUCUCAUGUAAGAAUUCAAAUUUUCCAAUGCACUAUUUGUAGUGCAUAUCUUCAUUAAUGAUACCAGUGGAGCCUUUCCCUUUCCCACCAAUCAUGAAGGAGUCAUUCCUAAUCACUCCUUGGCAGCAUUACAUCACUGUAUAAAAGCCUGCCUGAGCAGCAACAUCAGAGAGGAACAACUACAGAAAUUAAAAAUGAAAUGCAGCUCAAAGCAAGUUAAAUGAUUCCUUAAAUACACUCCUUGUAUAAUGUGAGGAAAAAUCUAAACUUAAUGCACAUAACUAAUUCAAUCAAAUGAACACUAUGGUGUUAGGAAUAGAAACCUGUAUUCCUAAUUUUAAAGUGCCCCCUAUCACAGUUUAAUGAUUAAAGGGUUAAAAUUAAUUUUAUUAACUUAGCACAGUGGCUAGGUCUUCUCCUCCUACGACGUCAUGGUGAUGGUGGGACCUAAUGUGCAUGCGUGGCAAGUGCCGCACGUCUUCAAGCUUACCCAUUGGAAAGCACUGAAUCAAUGCUUUCCUAUGGGGAACAUAGAAGAUGUUAAACAUCUGUAUGCAAAGUCGAAUAGCAGAGUAAAACUCUACUAGGGACCCAGAAGUACCUCUAGUGGCUGUCUGGCAGAUGUUUACAAAUACAAAAAAAAACAAGCCCUGCGCUCACUCCCAUCACUCCUGGUGGCAGCAAUGACCACAGUACACAUCAGCCCCAAUACAUACAGUAAAAACCAAAGAAAAAGUUACCUGCGCUCUCUCCUAAAUCCCUAUUCAUAUUUAAACAAAUGGAGGUUAUUUAGUUACUCCAAUGGCCAUUGGAGGGAAUGCCCACCUGCCAACAUCAAGGCAGACCCCCUCAGGUGGGUUCCUACACCGACUAUUCACCAUGCUUCCUUGAGCUUCUGGCAAAGAUAUCUCUAAUGAGACAGAGGUUUUUUUAUUUUUUAUAUACACCCCUAUAUAUUAUUAACCCUUAAUAGGGAACACAUGGGAUGGGCGGCAGCAUUGUAACAUAGCUGUGUGAUACAAAAAGUGAAUACAAAAAAACAGCCCUGCGCUCACUCCCACCACUCCUGGUGGCAGCAACGACCGCAGUACACAUCAGCCCCAAUACAUACAGUAAAAACCAAAGAAAACGUUACCUGCGUGCUCUCCUAAAUCCCUAUCCAUAUUUAAACAAAUGGAGGUCAUUUAGUUGCUCCAAUGGCCAUUGGAGGGAAUGCCCACCUGCCAACAUCAACGCAGACCCCUCAGGUGGGUUCCUACACUCGGGGCGGACUGACCACUCAGGCAGAUCGGUCAUGGACCCAGGGCCGAGGCAGUCAGGGGCCCGGCGGGAUGCACAAACAUGCCCUAGCUGGGAGACAGAUCUCCCCAGCCAGAAACAAACAGAAUUGUACAAAUUUCAGCGAUAGGUUGCUCCUGCAACCUAUCUCUCUCUGUUUCCCCCCUCUGCCUCCCCUCCACCCCCAGCUUCUGCUCCUGCCAGGUCUCCUCUAUGGAAUGACUGCGGAAUGCCGUGUGAGGGGAAGAGGCGGGCCGAAAGAUGGGAAGUUACCUCACUUCCUGCCCUGCCCUCUCCUGCAGAAUCUGCAGAACCCUGGCAGAUAGCAGGUAAGUAAAUCUUAUUUUAUUAAGCUAAUAUCCCCCCUUUCCCAGCCCAGCCCCUGUGCCCCUUCACCCAUCCCAGUGCCCUCCUUCAUCCACUCCAGCCCCCGUGCCCCACUUUUCCUGUCCCAGCCUCUGUGCCCCCAAUUUUCCUAUCGCAGCCCCUGUGCCCCUUCACCUAUCCCAGUCCCUGUGCCCCCUUCUCCCAUCCCAACCCCAGUGCCCCCUUCACCCAUCCCAGCCCCAGUGCCCCCUUCACCCAUCCCUGUACCUGUGCCCCCCUUCACCCAUCCCUGUACCUGUGCCCCCCUUCACCCAUCCCAGCACCUGUGCCCCCCUUCAUCCAUACCAUCCCUUGUGCUCCCUUCACCCAUCCCAGUACCUUUGCCUCCUUCAUCCAUACCAGCCCUUGUGCUCCCUUCACCCAGCCAAGUACCUGUGCCCCGUUUACCUAUCCCAGCCCCAGUGCCCACCUUUUCCUAUCUGGCUGGGAGAUCAGAUCACAGAUCUCCCCAGCCAGAAUUGUACAAAUUUCUGUGCCCCCAUUUUCCUAUCCCAUCCACUGUGCCCCCUUUACCCAUCCCAGCCCCUGUGCCCCUUUAUCCAUGUGAGCUCCCUUUCACCCACCACAGCCCCUCUGCCCUCUUUAUCCAUCUGAGCCCCUAUGCCCCCUUCACCCUCCACAGCCCCUAUGCCCACUUUAACAUCCCAGACCCCACUCCCCGUUCACCCAGUACAGCCCUAUCACUAUCAUUCCAAUCCCUCCCUGUACCCACCAUAGCCUCUGUGCAUUCAUGCACACUCCUCAUCCUCUUUCUCUCCCUGUAACCACCUCACCCCAUGCCUUCCUGCACCCACUACAGCCCUCAUCACUCUCAUCCCUAUCCCUCCCUGCACACACUAAAGCCGCUAUCCCCCCACCGGCCGUAUGUAACCCUGCACCUACUAUAGCCCAUAUCCCCCCUCAUGCACUGCAGCCACUAUCCACACACAUACUGCAGCCUCUAUCUCCCCCACACAGUAGAGCCUCUAGUAUCCAUUCAAACACACACGACAGCCCCAGUUUCCCCCAGAUGUCUACUAUAGCACCUAUCCCCCACACACACAACAGCCCCUAUCCACACACUCUCUGCAACACAACCAGCCCUCUCCACUAACAUACGACACUGCAAACAGCUCCAUACACACACGCAAACCCACAAGGAACCUCACUGUAUGCACAUAAUCCCACAAACAGCAUUCCCAAACAUUCAAUACCACAUGCACCUCCCUACACACACAACUCAAGAGGCAUCCCCAGCAUGGCAAUACUGCAUACAGCCUCCUUAUACACACACAAAUGCAAUUAUUACAAUUACUUAUAUAGCACCAACAUAUUCUGCAGCGCAGUACAAUAUGUAAAACAAGACAAAAAAUGAAUUCUAACUCAACAUGUUGACAAACAGGAAUACAAGCAGCAUCCCACACAAGUAACCCCCAAACACGUGUUUGGAAGCUACCUGUAUGGUUGAACAUGUGGGGGAUGCUGCUUGUGUCACCAACAAACACAGAGGAAGGGAGUAAUUAAAUUUGCUUUAUUUCUUUAUUUUUAUGAGGGGGGAGGGGCAGGGGGAGCGUAAGGCAAGCUAUUAAGGGGUACUCCACUCAAAAACAAUGUUUUAUUAAAACACUGUUUUUGGUUGGAUUAACCCCUUAAAGUAUAUCUGGCCCUGUUUGGGGGACGCCAUGACUCACACAGACAUGCUGGGUCGCGCGCACAUAUCUGUAUGAGAGCUGCACAAAGACCUUGCACUAGGAGGGGGCCCUGUAAGUUGUCCGCCCCUGCCUACACUGACCUUUCACCAUGCUUCCUUGAGCUUCUGGCAGAUGUUUCUCACAUUAUAGGGUUAAACAGGGGCACUGCACCCAGGCUACUUCAAUGAGAAAAAGUGGUCUGGUGCCCAUAGUGUCGCUCUAACUUGUGAGUUAAUAAAACAUUUGAUGUUUUGAAUGCUGCACAGUGAUGAAGUAGCUAAGCUAUAACAAAAAAAUAAAAAAGAAUGCCAAAUGAUUUGCUCCUAUGUCCCUUAACAGCACUGCAUUUUGUUUAAAGUGUCCCUGGUCCCUGGCCCUUCCUUAAAUAAAAAAAAAUGGAAGUUCCUUCCAGAACCCCGCAGGUCUGUCGGGGCUGGCCCCACCCCAGUCCACUUCCUUGGCUGCUGGUCUCAGCCAAUCACAAUGUUUUCCCAUAUGAAAACAUUGGAUUGUCUGAGAUCGUUAAAUCUGAUUAUCUCAGCCAAGGAGGCGGGGCGGGGAAGAGCCAAACACCACAUUGACCAGUCGGCAUCUCCUCACAGAGAUGCAUUGAUUCAAUGACUCUCUAUGGGGAUCGUUCAGUGUCUCCAUGCAGAGCGGACAGGCGUUGAACAGCAGUGCCGCACAUGACCCAUAAAGUGCCUAUAGUGUGUGUCAGAGGAGUGACCCCUAGAGGUGUACCUAUGCACUAAUGCAAAAAGCCUGCAGGGACUGACUAUACUAACUAGAACCACUACAAUAAGCUGUAGUAAUUCUGGUGACUAUAGUUUCUCUUUAAUUUCAAACAAAUGUGUAUCAUAAUUAGGGUGAAAACAUCAGUGGCUUACAUACUGCUUAUGAACAAUGUAAAAUUAAACUAUUGAAUAGACUAGGCCUAGCCAAACAAUAUUUCUUUAGUUACUAUGUAGUAACGACAAUAACAUUCCUCUACAUCAGACAAACCAAGAACUAUUGCUCCAUAGUUUCAUAUUUAAGGGUAUUGAGUUUACGCCGCUCCAGGGCGGGCCCAAGACAUUGUACUACCUGGGUACAAGGAUAAACCACCACCGCCAAAACCAUGCCACCAAAACAUGGUGGAUGCAGAGUAUGUGUGUAUAAUAAAUGUAGAGUGUGUGUAGUGGAUGCAGUGUGUGUUAGUGAAGUAGGUAUAGUGUGUGUGCGUGUACUGCAGUGUUUCUAUGUCUAUGCAGCGGACAUAGUGUGUGUGCUGGGAAAGUAGUUUGUGUAUUUGUGUGUGUGUGCUGAGGAUGCAGUGACCCACCCCUGCCAUCAGCUACCCUGUCUUCUCUCCUGGCUCCGCAUACCUAGUGCUGUGUCCAGCCUAUUGCUCCCAGUCGUGACUGCACUCCGCUCAGUUGGUAGCGGCUUUUGCAGUUGGCCUGUGGCCCCUGGCUUCCUUUCUGGGCCCUGGCCAAGCAGGAAGUGGAGGAAGCUGGAUGCAUGGGGAAGAAGUAAAGUCCCCCCGGGGAGGAGAAAAAUGCAAUUGCUGAGGAAGGGUGAGCAGGAGCUAUGCACUUCUUCUCCCCCCUCCUUCCUUGGCAGAGUGUGAGUAAGCUUGCCAGGGGAAGAAAAGAGCAUGUGCCAGACAACAGGAAGAAAAAGUGUGCCAGACUGUCCCCCCAGAUAAGCCACUGAUGUUGGCUUAUGACAGGGAUGGCAAAAUGCCACCCCUGUCAAAGUGCCACCUGGAGCUAUAGUGCCAUUGGGACCUAUGGACAGGCCGGCCCUGAGGCUCUCCUUUGAACCCUUGGUCUUGCUUAUGGGGGCUGAAAGCUUCUAAGCAGUUACUCAGCUAUGGAAUCCACAGUAACCCGUCAAAAGGUUUUGCAUAAUGUUGUUUCCAGAGCUGCAACCAAAUACAGUUUUCUCAGCAUCCACUACAUAAUACUUGCAUUCAGAGUUCAAUUUGAGAGUCCUAGCUGGACUGAAAUUUGACAAAAUGGCUAAGCAUUGCAGUAUGAGUUAGUUUUUUUUUUAAAAAACAUUUUGCUUAUUUAAACAUAUCAGUGGAAUGUCCACAUAUUUUCCAGUGUACUGUAUGUUUAUGUAAAUGGACCAUUGUAAACCUUGAGGUUUUACUCCCACCCUACAACAAAAGAUCCAUUAAGCUGUAAUUAUCCUAGUUAACCCUGUAGAUACGAUGUAGCAGUUGAGCAUGCAGUCACCUCAAGUUAAAGCCUCACCUACUGGAAAAAACAACACACUUCCAUAAUUACAUAUGAAUCAAAGCACCUGUCAUUACAUAGUUACAUAGCUGAAAAGAGACUUGCAUCCAUCAAGUUCAGCCUUCCUCACAUUUGUUUUUUGCUGUUGAUCCAAAAGAAGGCAAAAAAACCCAGUUUGAAGCACAAUUUUGCAACAAGCUAGGAAAAAAUUCCUUCUUGACUCCAGAAUGGCAGUCAGAUUCCUUGGAUCAAGCACUUAUUACCCUACAUUGAAAGAUUAUAUCCUUGAAUAUUCUGUUUUUGCAAGUAUGCAUCUAGUAGCUGUUUGAACAUUUGUAUGGAGUCUGAUAAAACCACUUCUUCAGGCAGAGAAUUCCACAUCCUGAUUGUUCUUACAGUAAAAAAAAAAAAACCUUUCCUUUGCCUUAGACAAAAUCUUCUUUCUUCCAGUCUAAACACAUGGCCUCGUGUCCUAUGUGAAGUCCCGUUUGAGAAUAGAUUUCCACACAAUGGUUUGUAUUGGCCCCGAAUAUAUUUGUAUAAUGUUAUCAUAUCCCCUCUCAGGCGACGUUUUUCUAAACUAAAUAGGUUUAAAUUUGUUAACCUUGGGCACUAAAGGCACCAAAACAACUUUAGCUUAAGGAAACGGUUUUCUUUUAUAGAUCAGGCCCCUGCAGUCUCAUUGCUCAAUUCUCUGCCAUUUAGUAGUUAAAUAACUUUUUUAUGCAGUGCUAGUCACACCUCCUGGUGUGUGACUUAAACCGCCUUCCUAAACACUUCCUGUAAAGUGAGAUGUAAUGUGUACACUUCCUUUUUUUUUUUUUGUGCAAAUUCUCUUUAAUUUAGAAUUUCUUAUCUACAGCUCUGUUAAUUGUGUGCUAGAUCAUGCAAGAGCCUCCUGUAUGUAAUUAAAGUUCAAUUUACAGUGCAAGAGACAAAAAACAUUUCAAGUAAGUUACAUCUGAUUGAAAAUGAAACCAUAAUUAUACUAUGUAUAUUACUUGCAUGUUCCAAUUUUAUAAAGUUUCUACUUAAAAAAAAAUUAUAUAAAAAUUGUAUAGGAGGUAAAAUAAAGCAUGGCAUGAAUCACUGAACAUUUUACAACUAAUAAUAUAAUGGUUCUAUGUUUGGUCUGCCUUUUUUCUUUCCAGUGUGUGGAAUGAAGAGUCCAAUUGCACUAUUAUCCAGGCUGAUAUAAUGGACGACUGGGUAGACUGUUCUUUUACAUGUGGUGUAGACUGCCACGGACAAUCAAAAUAUCCCUGUCUUCAGGUUUUGGUGAAUGUAUCACAGUCUGGAGAAAUCGCUGUGCUGCACUACAACGAGGAAGCGGUCCAAAUUAAUCCCAAAGUGAGUCUCCUCCUUAACAAUUAUGACCCUAACUAUUCAUGUGUUGGCCAAAGUUCCUCUGGAACUGAGCACUAGGAACUAAGAACAAGAAUUUAGAACGUAAUACUAACAUCUUUCAAGUAGCACAGACUAGUUACUUCUGUUGAAAUAUGCAAGGAGCAUAUUCAUCUGUAAAACUGAUUGACAAGACAUUCCCAAAAAGUUGGUCCACUACAAAUAAAAAUAUUGGUUUGCUACAAAAUAAAUAUUCGAUUAUAUAUAGUAUGUAUUUAUUCUACAAUUACUGAUUUUUCUGACAAUUUCUCACAUGUAGAGAAGAAAACAAACAUUAAAAAGAAACAUGGUGCUCUCUAUACUAAAAAAGAAAACCUGUGCUUAUAUGAGAAACAAUAGUGCUUACCUAAAAUAGAGUAAAAAACAUGCAUGUGUUUUGUAUUGUUUCUUUUAGUGCUUUUAUAUUCCAACGUGCCAACGGGAUAAGAAUAAUUUAUUGGAUGGUGUCUUGGAUGUGAAAGAAUACUUUGAACGCAAAAAUGACACACCUUUUGCUUGUUUCCACCAACAAGACCGCAAACCAGAGGAUGUCAUCAUGAUGAAAAAAUAUGACCAAUCAGUCGUCUUCCAUUGCCUUUUUUGGCCUACUCUUAUGCUUGUUGGAGGAGCUUCAAUAGUGGGCAUGGUCAAACUAACACAGCACCUCUCACUGUUGUGUAAGGUUUACUGCAGUUCAACUAGGGAGGAACUUGGGAGUUUUAUGCCAAGGGCUGAAUUGCAGCAGAGUAAAACAAGGAAAGAAGAAAAAACUUUAAGGUGGCGAUUAAAUUCACAAAGUAUGAAUAACACUCCGUAUCAAUGAAAAGAGACAUGAAAGGCACAUUCAAAUUUAAAAAGUUGCUGAUUUAUUUUUUUUUAUCAGAUGGCUUAAAUAUUUUUAGAAUACUACGCCUUCCCACCAUUUUUUUAUUUUUAUUUUUGUAAUCCAGCAUUGAAGCAGCCUCUUCAAUGUAGCAUGAUACUCCUCCAAAGAAAUCAACAAGAUUGAGGACAUAAGGCACCUGCAUGGCAUUUGCUACAAACCACCAAAUCAAAUGCUUCUCUAUGAGAAGCAUUAAAUACUGGUUGCACACAGUUUCAGCAUACUUUCGAUUUGAGAGAGAACGUCUAGUAGUUGCCUGCUUGAUAGCUACUAGUAAGUGUUGGCAUUGCUAAAAGUAAGGAGGAGAAACAGAAGGGAGGUGCAGCUCCCACUAUGUCCUUGCAAAUAUGUAAAAGAAAGAAUGUCAAAUACAGUGAUAAAAAAAGAGGUAGUCCACUCACACUUUUUGAGAGCCUGGGUGUAGCUCCAACCUUUGCGCUUGGGCGGAAUAAUCCCCACCUAGGGAUAUGCUGUGGUCUGCGGGUGAUCUUCCUCUUUACAACAAUAUCUUCAUAGAUAUAUUUAACUUGUGGCUUGGUGAAUGGUGUCGGGAGCAAUGAUUUGGCUAUAUUUCUCAUGGUAGCUCUGUUUGCAAUAGAAAUAAACUGUACAAAAAAGAUGGAUUGCAUCUUUCUCAAAAGGGAACAAAUGUUCUUAGUGAGCAGUUCAGAGGUUUUGCUAGGAUGUAUUUAAACUAGGAGGGGGGGCCAAAGGGUGAUAAAACAUCAAUCCAAUUGUCCCCCAAAACAAGGACAGAAGGUUCCUGUAGCAGGUGUGUUAAAAAAUGAUAAGCUUAAGAGUCAUGUCUACAAAUGCUAGCAGUUUAGGGAAUAAGAUCCAUGAACUUGUGGC